CCUCUCCAUGAACACGCGCGCCCCGGAUUGCUGGACAAUCGCAUACCAUAGGGUAUUCCAUACCAUGAACACUGCUCCACUCCUUUAAAAGACCACUCUGCGCACCUUCACCCCACGCGUGCGACGCGCGUAGCAACACCAACAAUACGCGAACAUGGACGACUCGGCCAUGGACGCCUCAGACUACGACGUGCAGGAAUCGAGCGAUUUCGAGCCUGAGAUUGUGCCAAAAGCGAAAGCAAAGGCAUCUACCAAAGUCGCUACGUCCAAAGCGCCUGCAAAAAAAGCACCUGCUAAGCCGAAAGCUACGAAAUCGGCAACACUCACGAAGACCACGAAAGCGGCACCGAAAGCAGCUGCGAAGAAACGCGCACUACCCGACUCUGACGCCGAGAACUCUGAUGCCGACCUGAAUUCCGGAGACGACGACUCGCUGCUGUCGAACACACCACCUUCGAACAAAACGCAGAAGAAAGCACCAGCGCCGAAGAAGAAGGUAGCAUCGGAACCUCUUGUCGAAAUCGAGAACGAGAGCUUCAUGGACGUCCCAGUGGCCGCGACUGCGAAGAAGGGGUCGCAGCAGUACCAGAAGCUGACACAGCUGGAGCAUAUUCUGAAGCGUCCAGACACAUACAUUGGCUCUGUCGAGUACACAACGGAGCUGUUAUGGAUCUACAAUUCCGAGACGGACUGUAUGGAGAACCGCAAGGUUAGCUAUGUGCCUGGUCUCUACAAGAUCUUUGACGAAAUUCUGGUGAAUGCAGCGGACAACAAGCAGCGUGACAAGAACAUGAGCGAGCUGCGUGUUACGGUUGACGCUGAGAAGGGAGAAAUAUCAGUCAAGAAUAACGGGCGUGGUAUUCCCGUCGAGAUGCACGACAAGGAGGGCAUUUGGAUUCCGGAGAUGAUUUUCGGACAUCUGUUGACCUCCUCGAACUACGACGAUGACGAAGCGAAAGUGACGGGUGGUCGCAAUGGUUACGGUGCGAAGCUCACGAACAUAUACUCCACCGAAUUCAAGCUGGAGACCGUGGAUUCGAAGACCAAGCAAAAGUACUCUCAAACCUGGCGCAAAAACAUGAGUAUCAUGGAAAAGGCCAAAAUCACGAAAGUCAAAGGCGACGACUACACCGAAAUCACCUUCAAACCAGAUUUUAGCAAGUUCGGCAUGGACAAGAUGGAUGCGGACUUUGAAGGACUUGUCAAGCGCCGAGUCUACGAUAUGGCGGGAACGGCGAAGGGAGUGAAAGUCUACCUGAACGGCGAGAGAAUCAAGAUCACCAAGUUCAAGCAAUACAUGGAAAUGUACACUAAGGCCAUCAAGACUGAGAAUGUGGCAAAUGACGGUGCAGCACCAGAGCAAGUUAUCCUGACGGAUAACCCACACGAGCGCUGGGAGAUCGGCUUUGCGGUUUCCGACGGUUCCUUCCAGCAGGUAUCUUUUGUGAACUCUAUUGCAACCACCAACGGAGGGACUCACGUCAACUACAUCGCCGACCAGAUCUGUGAUCGGCUUGAACAGAUUGUGAACAAGAAGAACAAGGGCGGAGUCAAGCUGAAGAAGGCCCAGCUCCGGAAUCACAUUUUUUUGUUUGUAAACGCCUUGAUCGUCAAUCCGGCAUUCACAUCGCAGACCAAAGAGCAGCUCACGACCAAGGUCAGCGCGUUUGGAAGCAAGCCUCAAGUCACCGAGAAAUUCUUGAAGGCCAUCGCCAAUACGGAAGUCGUGACGAACAUCCUCCACUUUGCACAGCAAAAGGCCGACAAAGUCCUCUCCAAGUCAGAUGGUAACCGGCGCCAGCGUAUGAAUCACUCCAAGCUCACUGAUGCCAACAAAGCCGGUACCAAGGAUGGCCAUAUGUGCACUCUAAUCCUGACCGAAGGUGACUCUGCCGCACUGCUGGCACUAGCAGGUCGCGCCGUGGUCAACCCGGAUUUGUUUGGAGUGUUUCCGCUACGUGGUAAGGUUCUGAACGUUCGCGAUGCUUCCGUUGACCAGAUCUCGAAGAAUGCCGAGAUUCAGAACAUCAAGAAGUUCAUUGGCCUGCAGCACAAGAAGCAGUAUACCGACACCAAAGGCCUCCGUUAUGGACAUAUCAUGAUCAUGACGGAUCAAGAUCACGAUGGCUCUCACAUCAAGGGUCUUCUCAUCAACUUUCUGCAGGUGCAAUACCCAUCAUUGCUCCGACUGAAGGGCUUUUUGUUGGAGUUCAUCACACCGAUUGUAAAGGUGUGGAAAGGCGAUCCCAAGAAACCCAAGGCAAAGCAUGACUUCUUCACAAUGCCCGAAUAUGAGAAAUGGCGAGAGCAGCCAGGACACAUCAAAGGCUGGGAGCACAAGUACUACAAGGGAUUGGGAACUUCCGAUACCCGAGACGCUCAGAUCUACUUCAACGACCUCGAUAGGCACUUGAAGCGCUUCCAUGAAAUGCAGGAUCACGAAGAAGAACUGAUCGACCUUGCCUUCUCCAAGAAGAGAGCCGAUGCUCGCAAGACCUGGCUCCAAGGCUUCGUACCCGGUACUUAUUUGGACAUGUCGAGCACCGACGACAUCACUUAUGACGAUUUCAUCAACAAGGAACUGAUUUUAUUCUCCAUGGCCGACAACUUGCGCUCUAUUCCGUCUGUUAUCGAUGGAUUGAAGCCUGGUCAGCGCAAGGUCAUGUAUACUGCUUUCCGCCGCAACUUGAAGAAGGAUAUCAAGGUUGUUGAGCUUGCUGGUCUGGUCUCAGGUCUUACGGCAUAUGCAUACGGUGAUGCGUCGCUGCAGCAAACCAUUGUCGCGCUUGCGCAGAAUUUUGUGGGGUCCAAUAACAUGAACAUUCUGGAACCCAGCGGCAAUUUUGGCUCUCGUCUUCAGGGAGGUAGCGAUGCAGCCAGCGCUCGUUACAUUUACACGAGACUGUCACCCUUUGCUCGACACAUAUUUGAUCCGAAAGACGAACCUCUUCUGAAGCCUAACCUUGACGAUGGCAAGGAGAUCGAGCCGGAGCUGUACUUUCCAAUCGUUCCUAUGAUCCUCAUCAAUGGUGCAGAAGGUAUCGGAACGGGGUGGAGCACGUCUAUACCGUGCCACAAUCCAGACGACGUGAUUAACAAUCUCAUCGCCCGCAUGCAACCAGGUGCCACCAAAGAGUCGAUGACACCCAUGUUGCCAUGGUAUCGCGGUUGGACAGGGCAGACCGAGCAACUAUCCGAGGAGCGUUACAAGUUCCCAGGUAGAAUUGCCAAGACUGGCAACAGCGAGGUGGAGAUCACUGAAUUGCCUGUGCACCAAUGGACUCAGGAUUUCAAGGAGAAGCUUGAAGACAUCAUCAAGGCUGAGAAAACUCCGUCCUUCAUCAAGGACUACACGGAGUACAACACCCCCGAGACUGUUCAUUUCAUCAUCAAGAUGGACGAGAAGAUACUUCAAGAGAACGAGAGCAAGUUGGAGGAGCUCUUCAAGUUAUCCAAGACCCAGGCGACAUCCAAUCUUGUCGCGUUUGACCAGCAUGGUCGCAUCCAUAAGUAUGCCACUACUCUUGACAUUAUGGAGGAGUUCUAUCUCCACCGACAUGACGCUUAUAUUGAGCGCAAGAGGAUGAUGCUUGAGAAGAUGGGACAGGAACUGCUUAAGCUCAACAACCAGGCCAUGUUUGUAAAGAUGAUCAUCGAUGGUAAGCUGGUAGUGAGCAAGAAGAAGAAGUCUGUGCUGGUGCAGGAGCUUAGCGAUCUUGGGUUCGCUCGCUUUCCCAAAGUCGUUGAUGCCAAGAAGGCGGGCGAGACGGAGGACGCGAUGGAGGACGACAAUGACGACUCAGACGAUGCCACGACCGCCGCUGGUGCUGGUGAUUUUGACUACCUUCUCGGCAUGGCUAUCUGGUCGUUGACACAGGAAAGAGUGGAUAAGCUGAUCAAACAGGUCGGUGAUAAGGAGGAAGAAAUCGACGACCUGACGAGGAAGUCUGUCCAGGAUCUUUGGCAAAGUGAUCUGCAAGCUCUACGCGAAUCGUGGCAGAACGCAGAGAACGAGGAGAGAAAGCGUGACAAGGAUAUCAAGAGAAAGGGACGUCGUGCAUCGGCCAAGCUUGGUAUUGCCGGCAAAGCUAGCAAGAAGCGGAAGGCCGGUGACAGCGAUGACUACUCUGACGAAGAAUUCACCAUCAAGAAACCAAAGACUACAAAGACGACAAAGUCAACGGCAAUCGGCGGUCUGCUGGCGAUGAGUGGAGAGGCCAAGCCUGCUGGCAGUUAUCCAGUAGUCAACGGAGUCGAGCAAAAGCCCGUCUCCACAGCUGCGACUGCGAAGCAGAUCACGUUGGACAAGGCUUUUAAGAAAGCCGAGCCUCUCGUCAAGGUCGAAAAGGCACCCGCUGCCGCGAAGGCUCGCGGUCGGACCAAAAGGCUUAGCGAAGACACGGACUCGGAUUCACUCCAGGCUGCGCCUGCAAAGAAGGCUGCUCGCUCGAAGAAGGUCAUCGAUUCGGACGUCGAUAUGGAUGAUGACGAAGACGUGUUUGCGGCUGUUGCUAAAGAGGCCGCGUCUAAGCCUGUGGCGGCUCCGGCUCGGGGCGGUCGAGCAGCAGCUCAGAAAGUCAAGAAGUACACGAUGGACUCUGAUGAGGAUUCAGAAUCUGACGCCGGGAACGACAUGCUGGCAGAUGUCAGUGAGAUGGUCAAGGGCGUUGGUAAUGUGAGUACUGACGCCCAAGGAUCUCGCCUGUUCCACACGAGUGCGCCCGCAGCAUCCGUGCCAACCAGCAGCCACGCCCUGAAGACGAAAACGAGCAAGAAGACGCUGGCCGACAUCUCUGAUGACGAGACGAAUUGGGCUGAGCUAGCACAGAACUCGCCUCAGAAGGUCGCCAACCGAACCAUCUUAUCGGACAACGAGGACUCGAUGGACAUUGAAAUGCCCAGUAAGCCUGCCGCCAAGCCCAAGGUCGUUCCCAAGGCAAAGCAAGCUGCUGCCUUGAAGCCUAAGAAGGCAGCAGCACCAAUUGCGGCGAAGCCUCCCGCGUUGUCUCCAGCGGCAAAGGCGUAUGCUGCGAAGAAGGCCAGUGCACAGGCCAAAGCAGGAGCAUCUAAGAAGAAGCUGCCGUCGUCUGAUGAUGAUGACGAGGACGACGAUGUGGAUCAAAUCGCAAACGAGAUUCUGAGCGACGAUGAUGAUGUUGAUGAAGAUAGCGUGGUCAAGCCCGCAGCACGAUCCCGCCGUGCUGCAGCGACGACUACCAAGUCGAAGUAUACGGUCGACAGUGACGAGGAAGAAGAGGAGGAGGAGGAGUCUGAGGACGACUUCGAGGAUGCCGAUGAGACUUUUGAUUGAGCAUGUGAUGACCGGGCGGAGUUGAGACUGCUUGAAUAGUCGGAUGCUGCUUUGUUCCUCAAGGGCGUUUAGUUGAGCGUGCUGCGCAGUAUAUCUGCAGUUGCAAAAUUUCGUAUCUCGUAUGGACUGUUUCUACUUUAC